UCGCCCUUCCAUUGAACUCUACACUUAUCUGUUCAUCUCUAGAUCGGUUUAUGGAAGUUCGAACUGGCAGCUUUAGCUAUAUUGUGCUAUAACUCUCCAGAAUACAUUAUAGUACCGGAACUAUCGGCUGUGUGACGUGACGAACGGUGCCAAUGAAAUCGUCAAUACUACGCUUGAUUUCGUUGUAUUAUUUCUGUUAUAUUACAGUCAUAACUAGGAUGGGUAGUAGUCUGCGCAUUACCACCUUGUCUUGACAACCGAAAGAUUGAAACAGAGUUUACCCGGCGUAACCUACAAGGUAGUAAUACAAGUAUGACGGAGAAUACGACAAUGUCAAUCUUCAACAUUUCACUGACGCCGACAAGUCUUUUUCCAGAUGAACCCGGUAAUGGUGAACAGCUCCGGAUUACUCGGUUAAUUGUCCAAAAUAUCCUCGUUCCACUCGUUGUCGGUCUAGGACUAACAGGAAACAUCCUAAGCAUCAUCGUUCUUACGCAUCGUUCGAUGAGAACGUCGACUAAUUGCUAUCUUGCGACAUUAGCAAUUUUUGACACGCUUUAUUUGCUAAUGUUUUUCUCUCUUAGUUUCAAACAUUAUGGUGAUUUGGGAGAUGCUCGUGUUUACAAGUACUGGUUUCCGGUUGCGCGGGUUCUUACGGAUAUGUGUGGUAAUGUUUCUGUAUGUCUUACAGUGACCUUCACUGUGGAACGAUACAUUGCAGUAUGCCUCCCGAUGCGAGGUCACGUGAUAUGUACUCCGGAAAGGGCGCGAAUCAUAGCAGUUCUUGUUGUUCUUUUCGCUUUAGCGUCAACAUCACCUGAAUUCUUUGAAUGGGAAGUGUCGGAGAAAAUUGUGGAUAACGUCACAUCUAUUGAGGUAACCGACACGGAAUUCGGUAACAGCAACCUUUACAAAGUGGGAUAUUAUUGGUACCUAGCUGUCAUGUUUACGUUUGUUCCACUUCUAUGUAUUUGGACUUUUAAUUCAAUUCUUAUCUACACGGUUUGGAAAGCAACAGUGUUACGUCGACGAAUGACGCAUGUCGUGUCAAAUCGGACGCACGGGGAACGUCAACAAGGGGAGCAACACAAAAUUACACUCAUGCUGAUCAGCGUCGGCAUAGUCUUCAUAGUGUGUCAAAUCCCUUCAGCAUUCUUGAUCAUAUUUUCUGCGUAUUUAGAAAAUGCUGAUAUAGCGCUAUCAAAAGCCGAAGUAAAUAACAUGAGGAUAGCUGGCAAUGUGACCAAUUUGCUUUUAUUACUUAAUGCUGCCAUUAACUUUAUGUUAUACUCCGUGAUGAGUACAAAGUUCCGCCGAGUGUUUCUACGGGUGGUGUGUAAACCCUGCUAUGGGGAAAAAAACAAGUUCAAUUGUACAGAGUAUAGUUAUGUCACAAAUCAAACGUCUACGAGACGUUGCUCACACUUCCGGUCAACAUAUGAUAAUCGAAUACAUAGGGAUGAUAAUUUAACCACUUCACUCGGAACACUUCUUCCUCAAGGUAGAGAUAACAGGAGAAGUUGGUCACCUGCACGAAGUUUAGGAAACCUUCGGUACUCUUCGGAUUCUUUGCAUUUGGAUACCACACCAACAAAAAGUGUUCCAAAUGGGCAUUCUAGAAGCAAAAAUAGCAUGUUGGAUACAAAUAUAUGA